AUGCGUUUGAAAUAUUUUAAGACUGUACUAGAAGCUCAGGAUAGUGACAGUCCUGUAGCUGAUAUAAGCUGGUCACCAAAUAAUGUCAAGUUAGCUGUAGCAACUGCUGACCGCCUCGUGCUGCUGUUCGAUCGAGAUGGCGUACGCCGCGAUAAGUUCAGCACGAAGCCGUCUGAUCCCGCUGCAGGGAAGAAAUCUUACGUCAUCACAAGUUUAGCAUUUAGUGAAAACUCUGAACUACUCGGCGUAGCACAAAGCGAUAAUAUGGUAUUUGUGUACCGAGUCGGUGCAAAUUGGAACGGAAAGAAGGUGAUCUGCAACAAGUUCCCUCUGACAGGGUCGCCGUUGCAGCUUUUACCUUCCGAAAAUGGGUUUUAUACUGGCACCAGUGAUGGAAAAAUCAGAUCGCUAGAUUGCAAGACCAACAAGAGCUCGAGCCUGUGGUCGGCGGGCGCGUGCUGCGUGUCGCUGGCGCGGGGCGAAGGGCUGGCGUCUGGCCACGCGGACGGCACGCUGUACCACAAUGGGCGCCUUCUACUGCGCUGCGCCCUACCACCCACCGCACUGGUGUUGCUGUCGCCUUACUUAAUAGUCGGCUCUUGCGACGGCAGAAUAGCAGUGUACGAGGCUCAGCGUGGAGCUCUCGUUCGCAACUUGGAGCCAUCUUUACCACCUGACAGAAGAGACAUUAUUUCAGCUACGCUUAGUCCAUCUGGUCAGACGAUUGCGUUCGGUGUGUUCGACGGUUGCCUUAUAUGCGAGGUAAAGGAGGCGGGUGGUUUGGAGCUGUCCACUCUACAGAUCCCCAACUUAUAUGCGGCUCGGGCACUCGCUUGGAGCGGCGACGGCACUAAAUUGGCAGUGGCGUCGCAAACUGGUGCUGUACUCCAAUUCGAGGCUGUUCUAAAACGCUGGGUGUGGCGCGACAGCGUGGAGGUGCGGCACGUGAGCGCGCGCCAGCUGCUCAUCACGCGUCUGGCGAACGACGCGCCGCCGCUAUCUGUCACUGCCAAGCUCGCGCCCGACAUAUUUAACGUGCGAUUCAUUGGUAAUGACUGGUACGCGGUGUGUCGGACGACCAAUAGUUUGAUACUUUGUGAUAUUGCACGAGGCUUGACUAGUGAGGUGGCGUGGAGCGGGUCCGGCGAGCGCGUGUACGCGGCGGUGGGCGGCGCGUGCCUGCUGCAGCGCGCGGGCGAGCUCAGCGUGCUGGAGUACGGGCUGGACCGCGUGCUGCACACGGUACGCACCGAACGAGUGAACCCGCACGUGUUGAGCGUUCGUAUCAACGAAGGGCAGAAGGUGGAGGGCUGCGACCGCAAGCACCUCGCCUACUUGCUCGACAGGCAGACCAUAGCUGUCGUCGAUCUUGUUACAGGAGUGCAGUUAGGACAGUGGUGGCACGAAGCCCGCGUGGACUGGCUCGAGUUGAAUGAAAGUGGUCAUCUUUUGCUUCUACGUGACACGAGGAGACGACUUGCAUUACUGCGUUUAGACACUGGCGAGAAGGAAAUAAUAGCAAGUGGUGUGAGUUUCGUACAAUGGAUAGAAAACAGUGAUGCCGUGGUUGCACAAACUCCUACACAUCUUCUCAUCUGGUACAGCGCGUGGGAGCCCCAGUGCGUGGAGAUGGCCGAGUGUAGCGGCUCGGCGGUGAGUGUAGAGGCGCGGUCUGUGCUGCUGGCGGGCGCGCCGCCCACGCGCAUAGCGCUCGACGAGCACCGCCUGGAGUUCAACGCAGCACUUCGAAAUGGAGAUCUGGAAGGAUGCGGGCAGUACUUAGACAGUGUGGGCAGCACGGCAGAUGUGGCGCAAUUGUGGAGGCAGUUAGCAGAACAGGCUUUAAAAAAAGAGGAUGUCCAAUUGGCUGCUAAAUGCUACAGAGAAGUUGGAGAUGAGGCUCGAACGUACUAUUUAGAUAAAACUGUGGAACUGGCUGUAACUGAAGGAGAGGGUGAUAUAAAAAUAGGUCUCAAUAGUCCAUUGGUCAGAGCUCGUCUCGCUAUAUUCGCCGGAGAUUUGACUAUCGCAGAAGAAUGUUACGUAAAAAGAGCGAACCAGCCUGAACUAGCCAUUAAUAUGUACAAGCAGUUUAAUCGUUGGAGCGACGCAAUCGUCCUCGCGGAGAAGGUAGACAGAGAGGCCGCGAAGACUUUGAAGCGACAGCACAUGGAUUACUUGACAUCUACCGGUCGCUACGGUGAGGCGGGCGCGGCGCUGGCGGGGCGCGGCGACGUGCGCGGCGCCGUGCAGCUGUGGCUGCGCGGAGGACGCACGCGCCGCGCCGCCGCCGCGCUGCUGCUGCACCCCGCGCUGCUGCACGACGACCUGCUGCCCGCCGUGCUCGACCGCCUCGUGCAGGAGGAGUGGUGGGAAAUGGCAGGAGAAAUUUCAGAGCGCAAAGGCGAUACUAGAACUGCCGUGGAGUACUAUGCGAAGGGAAAUAAUUACGCCCGAGCAGUUCAGCUUGCUCGUGAGGCAUGUCCCGGUGAAGUUACUCGAUUAGAAGGUGAAUGGGGAGCUUGGCUAGUAGCUUCGAGGCAGGCAGGUGCCGCCGUGCCUCAUUUGAUUGAAGCUGGUCAAACGGUAGACGCUCUUAUAGCGGCAAUAAAAGCGCAUCACUAUAAGAAGGCGUUGCAAAUCGUACAGGUUAUCGAUGAUAAGGAAGCUAUUCGAGAGCAGUGUGAGCAACUGGGAGACCAUUUUAUAUCUACUCAGGAAUGGGAAACAGCUGAGCGUGUGUUGAUAUCGUGCGGUAUGGCGGAACGAUGCGUACGCGCAUACAACACGGCAGGAAAACUAUCAGAUGGACUUCGAUUAGCUGCUGAACAUUUGUCCGAGGAAGAAACUAAGGAAAUCUAUUUACCGCUCGCUCAACAGUGGCGACAGGAGGGGCAGCUGAGAAAAGCGGAGCAGGUUUAUAUUGGAUUAGGUGACCCUGACGAAGCUAUAUCGAUGUAUAAGGAGGCGUCUCAGUACGAAGCCAUGCUGAGGCUGGUAGCGGCUCACCGUAGUUCGCUACUAGAGGCUACCCGUCGCCACGUGGCACAGGCUCUUCAAGCGGCCGGCGACUUGCGCGCUGCUGAGAACUAUUACGUGCAGGCAGGCGACUGGAAGAGCGCGAUCCAGAUGUACCGCUCGUGCGGGCAGUGGGAGGGCGCGGAGCGAGUGGCGCGCGCUCACGCGCCGGCUGCCGUGCAGCAGCAGCUGGCGCUGCAGUGGGCCGCCGCGCUGCCGCCCGCCGCUGCCGCGCGCCUACUGGCCGCGCGCGGGCUCGCUGCGCUGGGAGCGCGCUGGGCGCUGCGGGCGCGCCGAUGGGACAUAGCCAUGGAGCUGAGUGAGUUGGGUGGUGGAAUCACAAAGAGCGAGGUGGCGAGGCACGAGGCAGCGGCGCUUGCUGAAGAUAGACCGGAGGAGGCCGAGGCCGUGUUCUUGCGAGCGUCGGCUGCAGAGGAUGCGGUGCGCAUGUGGCUGGAGAAGGGACAGCAUCAACGCGCUUUGACUUUGGCCGAGCAGCACGCUGAGCAUAUGGUAGAAGAAGUAUUAGUAGAGGGGGCGAAGGCUGCCGCUGAAAGGGGAGACUUGGUACAGUUUGAAGCGUUGAUGAUUCGAGCUAACAGACCCCGGGAAGUCGUCCAGCACUAUAAGGAUCUCGAGCUGUGGGAGGAGGCAAGCCGCGUGUCUCGCGAGUACCUACCAGAAAGUGCCGAGCCCGUGCCAUCCGACGUGCCGCCACUGUUGCAGCGUGCUGCACACCACGCCGACAAGGGCGAGUGGUGGGAGGCGGUGGAGCUGCUGCUGGAGGCGAGCGCGGCGGGCGCGGCGGGCGGCGCGGCGCGGCUGGCCGAGCGCGCCGCCCUGCGCGCCGCCCGCCUGGCGCGCGACCGGCUGCGGGGAGCGCCGCGCCGCCGCGCCGCGCGGGCGCUGGCCGCCGCAUUUGCCGCAAUCGGGCAAAGCGAAGUCGGUGAACAACUUCACGCUGCUCUAGUCGAAGGUGAAGAAGACGAAGCUAGUGCAGAUGUAAAACAAGAGGCAGUGAUGGAAGAGUCGGACCCCGAGUCGUCAGCGCUGGAGAAGCUGGCGCGGGCGGGACACUGGCAGCGCUGCCUCGCGCACGCGGGCCCGAGGGCGCCGCACUACGCGCUCAGAUAUGCGGCGCAUUUGUUCAAGACGCAUGCUCGUACGGAAGGAGUUGAUAUUGAAAGCGAAGAUGUACCAGAAGUAUUAUCUCAAGUGCUAGACACGCUCCGUCAGUAUCUCACGGAUGAUAACGGCACAAUAUCCAGCAGUGAUGCUGCGAUGGCUAAGGCUAUUUGUAGUGAGAUCCUUGUGAGAGUGUCGACCGCUCCGAAGGCACUGAGUGCUUUGAAAGAUGCUGGAGAUGUGAUGGUCACAGCAGGAGCCGAUGAUAGAACACUGCAGGCUCUCACGUUGCUGAUGGGUCUGCACGUGCCUCAGAUAGCCUCCAAAGUGGCUCGAGCCCUACCGCGGUACACGGAUAUCAUAGUUGCCGAUGUCGCGUUCUACUCGUGCGGGAUGGCGGUGCGCGAGGAGGGCGCGGCGGGCGCACGUGAGGCCUUCGUGCUGCUGAACCACUGCCUCGACCUCGCGGAGGCGGCCGACGACGACGCCGCGCACCUGCUCGACUACAGCGACUUCGAGUGCGCGGGCUGGCCGGCGCCGCUGCUGCUGGGGCGCGCGUGCGUGCGCGGCGCGCCGCUCGCCGCGCUGCGCGACUGGGCGCUCGCCGUCUGCAUGGACGCGCUGGUGGACCAGACGCUGCCGACGGACGCGCGCGGAAAGUACAGCGCGUACGUGGGCGCGGACGAGCCGUGCUGCGUGCUCACGGGACAGCCGCUCGGCGCGCGCCUGGUCACCUUUACCAACGGGCGGUGCGCGAACAGGGAGUGGUGGUCGCGGGCGCGCGGCGCGGCGCGGGCGGGCGGCGCGGCGGCGGCGCUGCUGCGGCUGCUGGCGGCGUGGUGCGGGCCCGCGGCCAUGUAGGGCUGUGUAGUGCUACAUUUUAAAGUAUCACAUGCUACAUUUUAAAGGGCUAGGCUUUAGAUUACGGGCCGUCGAUUUAUUGGAUUUUAUAAGAGUAGUAAUUAAUUAAGAAGAACCACAGUUCUUUCCGGAUGUUAUAACACGCGUGAAAAAAUUCUAUUGUGUAUAUAAAUGCAAUUAAACUGACGCUAGUGUGUUAUGUAUAAAUUGUAAUAAUGAAUAUAUAUUCAAAUUUAA